CAUAUCACGGCUGUAUGCUAUGUGAAAUUGAGGUCACUCGGAAUUGCGCCCUCUAAAAUCUAAACACAGUACUUCUAAGGGGCGGCAAUAACUUACAACCUUUUUCUAAAAUGAAUGGAAUUCCAGGAAGCCGUUUUUUCACCUGAGCCCAAAGGAUGCGUUGGCACACCUUUACCCAGAGCGCUCAUCAAGCACGCACCGCUACCUGACGUUUCUAGGACAUUUCUAGAUAUUUUUUUUUUUUAGAAUUUAGGCAGAUUUUAUUUGAAUGCUGAGUUAACCCAAUUGAUCAUUUAUUUUUUAGGUAUCUGUUAUACAUUCAUUUAUUCAUAGGGCCUAUUUUAUUCGUUUGAAAUGGCAAACUCGGGGAUGCAGUUACUUGGAUUCACCUUAGCUUUUUUUGGCUUCAUCGGGAUGAUUGUGUCCACGGUCAUGGCAGAGUGGAAAAUUUCGUCAUACGCUGGAGACAAUAUCAUAACAGCCCAAGCCGUUUACGAGGGGCUUUGGAUGUCCUGUGUAUCGCAGAGCACUGGUCAAAUCCAGUGUAAAGUGUACGAUUCGAUGCUUCAGCUACCGGGCAUGGUUGUGGCUACCCGAGGUCUCAUGGUGGGGGCCAUCUUCCUGUGUGGCCUCGCCAUCCUGGUGUCCAUGGUAGGCCUGAAGUGCAUGGUCUGUCUGGCAGAGCAGCCAGAUGCCAAGGGCAAAGUGGCCAUGACUGGAGGAAUCGUCUUCAUUAUCGCAGGUCUCUGUGCCCUGGUGGGCACGUCCUGGUACGGCAGCAGAAUAGCAAAGGAAUUCUACGACCCCUUCACCCCUACAAAUUCCAGGUAUGAGUUUGGCAAAGCCCUGUUUAUUGGAUGGGCCUCCGCUAGCCUCACCAUCAUAGGCGGUUCUAUCCUGUCCUGCAGCUGCCCCGGUAAAGCCUCAGGAACAUCCCCCCGCUACCCGGCCACCCGGUCCACCGCCCCCCCGGGGAAAGACUACGUCUAGACCUGAAGGACUUCCAGGGUCACAUUUAGUAGGCCAGACCGUGGCAAAACCUUUACAUUUCAAACCAAUCUUUGGCAAUGAGAAGGUCAUCCAUUGUAUUUUUUUGUCAUUUUCUUUUGUUCUGUUUCUUGCCCAUUGAACCAAACCGUCAUCAUCCAUCCGGCCAUGCCUUCUUCAGGGAACGGUUCUGACUAUGCUAGGGUCAAAACUCAAGUUAUUUUUGUUGAUUUGGUUGGUUUGUUUUAGCAUUUUCAUGUCUGGUUGUUUUAAUGAAAGACACACUACUAGCAAACAAUAUAUCCAUGAUGCUUUUAUGUUAUGUUAUUUUUAUUAUCAUGUUCGUAUCAUUGAUUCACACCAAACUGCACGGCGCUGUACAGAUAUUUUCUUUUCAGGUUGUUCAUCAUUCCACAGCUAUGGCAGAUUUGCAACCAAGCCAAUGUACUUCAGCUGUCUCUGGUCGGAUUAAUCUAGAACAUAAUAUUUGUGCACUGCAAUUUGAUAGGUUGCUAUUGCUGUGAGCAGUGUCGUUUUAAAUGCACUGAAACAUAAAAAGGGGUUAUUUUACUGCGCAGGUGUGGCUUUGAUUAUUAACCAAAAAUAGACAGGAGUUUGGGUUACUGUAAAAACAAUUACCAUGCCACUUUAGAGAAAUAGUUGUUUUUCAACGGUAUUUUCUGUGGCAUCAAAUUAGCCUAUGGCAACAUUUCUACCAAAACCUUUAGGUCAUGUGAUAAUGUUGUUGUUUUACAUAUAAACUGGUGUUUAUAAUAAUAAUAAGUUUAUCUUUUCAUUUAGAUUUCAUUUAAUCUAGAUACUGUUAUAUUUAGAAAGUACAAUAGUACUGCUGUAACUAACUGUACCUAAAAUAUGCAGUAAUUAACAUAGUUGCGGGCAUAAUAGAAUCACCUAAGCUGAGUUUCAACAUCCAACAUGUUUACAGGUGCCAAAAUAAGCUAGGUUGAACCUGAAACAUGGAUGUGUGUGUCUCAA